AUCAGCUGUAUAUGAUCUGAUUUGUAAAUAAAAGUCGCCUUUGACUACGUGGCCUACGCGAUAGCUUGACAGCGCCCUCUCAAACAACAAUGUGACGCUGUGCGAAGAACCAGAACAAACAAACUAUAGCAUGAGAGCAGAUAAAUCAUGCGUACCGGAAAUGAGUCCGCCCUGCGGGUGCUCAUUGGCUGUCUGUAGCAGCUCCCAAAAUGUAUCCCCAAUUAUUUGCUCCAGCCGCGCUGUGCUCUGGUGACUUAUCAUAUCUGUUGGACCAGUCAUUCGUAUCGUCAUGUGUUGAUAACGGCAGUGCCUCGAGUGUGAAACGGUUUGCAAUCAGAUGGGUACAGCGAGGAACGCGGGAAGCGCGCAAAAAACAAUUGCAACUGUAGGCGUACGUUAGUAUAGCUGAGAAGGCUCCACCGGACGCAACUAAUCUUCACGAGUUCCUGUGAUUCUGUCUGUGUGUUUUUUUUUUCUUCUUUAAAAACAUCCUUCAAAAAACCCACACUCCGUUGGAGACACUUGUGGCAGGAUAGUUUUCCAUCCGGUGUUACAUACUUUCUAACCUUCCACCACAGGCAACGAUGGGCUGUACGGAAUGGGUGGAAUCGAACCAAAAGAACAAACCACAAAGCAACGCAAUAGGCACAGGAGUAUUAACGCUGCUUGCCACUGGCAUGUACCACGCUGGAACGCUUUACGAUCCGGGUUAUAAAAACCACGAAUGGACGUACGACCGGUCGGAUUCGACAAUCCUAGUAACGCUGAUACUCUUCCACAUUGCGGCAAUUUUGGGCUCCCUUACAGGAUGGUUUCUAAUCGAGCGUUACACCAAGAAGCAGAUCAAUUUCGUAAUAAUGUCGCUUGUGGUAAUUGGCUGCACCGUAAGCAUUGCAUUACCGCACAACCUAAUUGGUAUCGCGUUUGCCCGUGGCUUGAUGGGAAUCGCACACGGUAUGGCCUAUCUGGUGGUGCUGAUACACGGUGGCGAAAUACUGAUCAAGGAGUUACGCGGCGUUAUUAUGGCGGCGGUUAACUUUUGCAUCAUUUCCGGUAUACUUAUCGGUGGCGCUAUGAACAACGUAGAGGUAGAGUCUCUGGCACCGUAUCAGUUUAUGGGAAUUAUAGGAUUAGUUUACAUGCCACUAGCAUUCUUUCUGAAUCUAAUCGUCUGCUAUGAGUCUCCUGUGUUUCUGAUGAAACGUAACCUUGAUUCGGAUGCGAUCCGUAGCAUGAUCAAGCUGCGCAACGAGUCCACCGAGACGUGGGAAAUUCGUAAUGAAAUGACGGAAUUCAAAACGAUGCUAUCGGAGGAUGCGUCUACAACGCGAUCGAUCUUUCGGGAGGGAAACCUACGACCACUGGUGCUUAUCGCGCUCGGGAAGAUCGCAUCCGUGCUCUCCUUCAAUUACGCCGUCAACACCAUCAAAGUGAACGUAAUCGAGGAAGUUUUGAAUGUGAACGAUACCAAUGCGCGCCUUUCCAUCGUUAUGGUGACGUCGAUCAGAAUGGUAGUUGGCCUGUGUGCCAUGUUUCUAGUCGAUGUGCUCGGACGGCGUGCAUUACAGCUGGUCUCCACCGUAUCGACCGGUAUGAUAAUGAUAGCGAUGGGUAUCACCUACAUAGCAACCGACACGAUCACACCCGACAUAGCGAUGGCCAUUUUCUUGGCAUGUGAAGUGGGUGCCUCCCUCGGCCUUACCUUCAUCCCGGACGUACUCUGCUCGGAAGCGUUCAACACGCAGAAGAAAGCACUUUCGAUUGUUGCGGUGCAUGUGCUGGAAAACGUGCUUCAUGUGAUUGUGUUUUCGGUCGUCUACAAGUGGGACUUUACCGUGUACGAUCGCUACGGUGGAACGCUUCUGGUAGCUGGUAUACCACUGUUGGUCAUUGGGUAUAUCCUGUACCGGAAGCUUCCGGAAACGUCCAAGAUGUCGAUACGGCAGGCAAGAAUUGAGUUUUACAAGCGGGAAGGUAUCGUGUUUGGUGGUAGCAAAAAUUCCGUUGAAGUGCUCUAUGAUUGAUGUAGUUCGUUUUCCGCAAUAGCAUAAGUAAAAUGUAAUAUGAAUAGAUGACAGUAAAUGCUUUUAAAUAUAGAAUAAAAUAUGUA